AUGGAGCCCAUCCCAUCCUCCUCCUCUUCACUGGCCCCCGACCCCUCUCGGCAGCCCAGGAGAUCAUCUCGAAUCGUCCAAUCCCUCGACAUCACCCAGCCACUGCCGCGCCAUCUGCCCGAGCCGAGUUAUCCGUACUCCUUCGACCUGCUGGCUCACCAUGGCUGCGUGAAUGCGCUCUGCUUCAGCCGCACCGAGCAAGGCCGCUGGCUGGCCAGCGGGGGGGACGACAAGAAGGUCAUCCUCUGGGACCUCUUCUCUGACUUCGAUCAGAUCGCCCCCGUGGCGUCCUUCGAUGGCCCGGCUGCUAACGUCUUCUCGAUCGACUUCUCGGCCGAUGGGAGACGGCUGGCUGCUGCUGGAUUAGAUUCGAGAAUAUUCAUCUAUGACCCCAGUCGCUCCUCCGCUCCAUCGAGCAGCUCACAAGGCCAUUCAGCGCUCUCUGUCUUGACUCCCCACACCGAGUCUUGCCGAAGGGUAGCCUUUCAUCCCCAGGAAUCAACCUGCCUUCUUUCUGCAGCGGAGGACGGCCACGUGUUCCACCACGACCUCAGGACUCCGGAGAAAACGACCAGCAGAGCGCUUCUGGAAGCCCGGGCACAGUACACCGAUCUCUGCUGGAACCCCGUCUCAACCGACCUCUUCAUUGCCAGUACCGGCCACACAAUAAAACUCUAUGACAGGAGGAAAUUAGGAUCUGCGCCGACCACCAACGUCAACCGCUAUCUAGUCUCAUAUACGACCAACUUGAUCAAGCCUAAACCGCUAUUGAGGAUCGGUCACCCAGAAAUUUCGUCCGUGACCAUCGAUCCAAGCGGCCAGUUGCUCGGAGUGAUGAUGAGCAAAUGGUACCCAACCAUAUGGACCAUGGACGAUCCCAACCCAUUAGCAGUCUUGAAAUCUGAACCAACCGUGCCGGUGGGCGGAGAAUCACAAGUCGGCUUCCGGGACGUCUGCACCAUCAAACAUGGUGCGUUUUCGAACAAGGUGCAUUCAGACUCGACAUAUUUCGCUGGUGGUAGUGAUGACUUCAGGUGCUACGGCUGGAAACUACCUGCAAUCUCCGAAAUGGAGAGCAAACGGCACGAGGUUGAGAGGCUUUCGGAUUGGAUGAAUGAAACGACGGCAGACACCUUCGCAUAUGGGAACAAGACGAUUACUGUCCCAGUGACGAUAUCCGAUACUUCACUAAAGCUGCACGGCCACCGAUCGAUCCCGAACUCUCUGAUAUUCCACCCCUAUCUGCCGUUGAUAUGUACGUCGGGAGUCGAGAAGUUAGUCAAGGUGCAUUCGGCCCGCCGGGUGGGCUGGUAUCCGCACCAGACCUCGCACUCACGAGCGCAGCCGACCUCGACGACGGUGCGGCGGAAGAUGAGUGUGGCGGACCGGAUCCCGUUCAUCUUCGGGCCCAGCCAUCGCUCCCAGCAGCUCUCCUCCGCGAGGCCCGAGGAGGAAGAUCUCGAGACACUCGCGAUGUUCGAUGCCCUCCUCGAGCGCGAAAAGGAGCCUUAG